GUGACGAGAUAAAUCGCCAUUACGAGAUUGGCUCAUGGAUUUGUGUGUCAUUUGUGUUGGUAAGAAUGUUCCUGUGUUCAAUAUGGAUAUGUGAUCGUUACAAAAGCUAGUCUGUUCGCAGACUAUUCCAGUUAGGGUUUUAGUACCCUCUGAAGGACGGAAUUUAAAAUUGUGGUGAGGACUAGAAAGGAUAUGUCUUGCUCAAUCUCGGCCUCUUGUGUUCCUUCACCAUGUUUACCGAGCAUAUUGAAAGGAAUGAUAAAACUAUGUCAGAUAUGACGGACUUGGGAUCAGUCACAAGGUGCUGUAGGUGUUGGCGUUAUUCAGAGGACACUGCAAACGGAGAUCCGCCUUACGCAGUCUCUCUUCCCAUCUAUUUUAUUGACGGAUCUAUUUUUCAUUCAAGUCUACCAAAAAAUAGGUCAUACAGUGAACACUUUUUGUGGUACGACUGUUUUAUCAUACAACAGAACACGUAGCAAUUGUUAACCAGUGGAAUACUUAUUCAGUAACAUCAUUAACUGAAUUAAUGUCGUUGUGCCUGAUUCUUUAAACGCAUGUCGGCACUAACGGACUAUGUAUUCCAUUUGCAAGGAAACUAAAACAAAAGGGAUUCACAGAGGGAUUGCUAGUUGAAAAUGAGUCACAUUUGGAUGUAUUCGUGAUUUAGGACCAAAAUCCAUGAUCAUAAAGCAUGGCGUUGGUAUUCAGUGUUGCUAUUAAGUGUACAUAACUAGUGUGUGACUUGGAUAAUUAGAUCCAUUUUAUUUAUUAGUUUGUUGUGUGCAAUUUUAGUUCCUUUUGAGUGUUAAUUGAGUGAAGAUGAGUAAAAACCAUUCUUCUAUUGCUAUUAAUGGGGAUUUAUCUCAUAAACAGAUUGAAAAUGCAGAAGAUACGACAGUUCAGGGGUCUGUCAAACCAUCGUAUUCCAUAGGUCGACAGAGACGAUUACAUACAGGAAUGGGCCAGAAAAUCACUCAUAAGUCUGAUAAAGGAGAUUCUCAGUCUUAUUCUGCUGAUCCAAGUCCUGUUUUAAGAACAAACAAUCGUAAUAAAAUACGUGAUCGUAGAAAGUGUAUUUCGGAGGAUAUUACAGGAAAAGUGGAAUCGUCGUAUGAGAAAAGUGGAAAAUCUUCAUGUUUUCCAGGACGUUUCCAUACAAAAGACAGUGGUAUCAUGUUGAAACGAGAUAGGUCAUCAAGCAUAAAAUCUGAUUCAUCUGAUGUGGAACAUGCAGGGAAAAGUUCGCCGAACAUGGAUAAUAGAUCGAGGACAAGUGACACCAGUAAUAACUCGGAUGAUUCUGUAACUAAGUCUUCAUUUCAAAUAAAGAAAGUUGAGGAAAACGAAGAUAUAGUUAAGAAGGAGCGAAAAAUUAGCGCCUAUUCUGGGCGGAAAUUAAAGCAACCAGCAAAGAGGAGGUCAUUUGAAGUAUGUACUGUGAAAAGUAGUAGUCCAAAACCUGUUAUCGAAGGUUCCACUACUGAUUUGGAUAUAAAUGACACGGACAAACCUGCAAUAUAUUCUGAAGAUAUCUCUUCUCAAAGUACUGCAGAUAGUGCUAUUAGUCUCGGUGUCCUUAGUAGUACAUCUAUUAAAGAGUUAGAAUCUGGUGAGUCACACAGAGAUUCUCUAUUAGAUGCAGGAAUAUCCGAAAAGGUGGAGAAGAAAGUUGAUGGUGAGGUUGCCAAAAAGGAAGAUGAAGGUGACGAAAAAGCUGAGAAAGCUGUAGCAACUUCACCAGAUGGACGUUUUAUGAAAUUUGAUGUGGAAAUUGGAAGAGGCUCUUUCAAAACUGUGUAUAAAGGAUUAGAUACCGAAACAGGAGUAGCAGUAGCAUGGUGUGAAUUACAGGAUAAGAAAUGGAACAAAACUGAGAGACAAAGAUUUAGAGAAGAAGCAGAAAUGUUGAAAGAACUGCAACACCCUAAUAUUGUCAGAUUCUAUGACUCAUGGGAAGAGCCAAAUCCAAGAAACAGGAAAGUCAUUGUGCUUGUUACUGAGCUCAUGACUUCUGGUACAUUAAAAACGUACAUCAAAAGGCUGAAAAAGAUUUACCCCAAGGUACUGAAGAACUGGUGUAAACAGAUAUUGAAGGGCCUUUAUUAUCUACACAUGAGGACGCCGCCAGUUAUUCAUAGAGAUCUCAAGUGUGACAACAUCUUCAUCACUGGUACAACAGGCUCUGUCAAGAUUGGUGACUUGGGAUUGGCAACGUUGAAGAACAAAUCUUUUGCUAAAAGUGUGAUAGGUACGCCAGAAUUUAUGGCUCCUGAAAUGUAUGAAGAACACUAUGAUGAAUCGGUGGAUGUUUACGCUUUUGGGAUGUGCAUGUUGGAAAUGGCAACGUCCGAGUACCCCUACAAGGAAUGCUCUAAUGCGGCGCAGAUCUAUCGACGUGUGACAAGUGGAGUGCGACCAGAAGCAUUUUCCAAAGUGGAUGGAGCUGAAAUCAAGGAAAUCAUAGAUGCUUGUAUCAGAUCAAAAAUAGAAGACAGGUACACUGUGAAAGAUUUGCUGCAACACAACUUCUUCCUAGAAGACAAUGGACUCAAAGUUGAGGUGGUGACGAGAGAAGAAGAAGAAAUUGACUUAUCAUCUGUUCAGCUGCGGCUUCGUGUUGUGGACCCUAAGAAGCGUAAAGAUAGACACAAGGAAAAUGAGGCCAUUCAGUUUGACUUUGACAUUGAAACUGAUGUGCCAGAAGAAGUUGCUCAAGAAAUGGUCAAAUCAGGCUUUCUUCAAGAGGAAGACGUUAAAAUUGUAAGCAAGCAGAUUCGUGACAGGAUAAGUGUGGUUAGGAGAGAUAUAGGUCGCAAAGCUGCAGAGGCUCAAAGUAAAAGUGAGCAACAUGGAGGAUCACAGCUGCAACUUCAUUCCUCGCAACAGCCAAUCUCCCACAGCACUAGCACCACAGACGUGUCAAUGGCAGACAGUCAGGCGCCAUCACAAACACAACUACAGCAACCGUCGCACUCACAGCAACCCAGUGUGUCCCAGAGUCAGGUUGUCCAGUCUCAAUCUGCUGUCUCCCAGUCAUUGUCUCAACACCAGUCGCUCACACAGCAAGUCUACACUUCCAGUGAAGAGGCACUAGCCACGGGGAGUCCUGAUGGAGAAACAAAGAUUCCAGCUCACCAUCCUCAGUCUGUUCCACAACAGCAGACUGCCAAGCCAUUACAAGAAAAGACUGAGGGGGAACCUGUCCAAGAUGGCCAGAGUAUACAGGUUCCUGGUCAUUCAACGUUAUCCCCGGGUCCCAUAGAGGCAAUGUCGCCCAUGAAACCCAUAGGAACACAACAAAAUAAUGCUGCAGGGGCUACAAGUCGAAUUCAGAUGAAGGCGGCAAACCUGGAACAACUGAACAUAUCUGCUGCUCAGCAACAUCAGCAGCAAACAGGAUCAACCAAGCCUGUUCAGUCGAGCAGUGUGGUAGGCACGCCCUCAUCCACUAUCACCAACAGUCUGUCGUCAGGAAACCUUAACGACGAACACAGAGAGAGUGAGAAUGAAAUGACUGGUAAAGGGGAAGAUAGAAAAAGACGAACUCGUCCAAAACGACGAAAGACAUUGGAAAGGGCCCCGAGACUUACAAUUCUCAGUUAUGAAGCAGAUGACGAGGAAGUGGAAUGCCGCUUGGAUUUGUCAAACAGAAACACUGUCACCUUCAAGUUUGCGUUAGAAAAUGACAAGCCAAAUGAGAUUGCUGAAAGUUUGGUACAAGAAGACAUCCUACCUGAGGUACAGUCCAUCAUGAUCAUAAAACUUCUCCAAGAAGUGAUUAAGAUGGUGACCGAAGACCCUGCCAAGGCUGUAAAUGUCUGUCUUAGCUACGUCAGCACCCCGUCAUCUAGUCCUAGCUCAAUCCGAAAGGCCAGGCCUCUCACCGAUUCAGAUGCUGCGAAGAAACUGUUUGAUGGUGAUCUGGAGCAGACGUCGGAUGAUGGUCGAUCAGAGGUUGGAGUUCAUGUGAUAACGGAGAGGAAACAGGACGAGGCAACCGGAACUGAGGAGUCACGAGUGGUGGAGAGUAAAAAUAGAAGCUUCAUUGUGAGCAGAGUUCCAGAAAAGACUGUGUUAGAUUCCAAAAUUUCUGAGGAUGAUGGAGGAGAAUGGGACAAUUAUGUGUCGCCGGAAAAUACACAGAAGUCUUUGCCAUCAUCCAGUACUACAACAGUGAACCAUUAUCCUGUCGAGGGUGAUGGCUCAGCACUUUCAGAUUCAGAAAAGUCAUUAAAGGGAUCAUCAAAGGUUCCUGUGGACAUAAGUGAUUUGAAUGAAAAACUUAACCAACUUACACAGAAAUCAGCCCCAGGUCAAGGUGUAGGUUCUCUUCAGUUACCGGAGGGGACUCCAUUCCCGACACCAACAACAGGAAGCGGGGCCGCUCCAACCCCUGUCGGUGACACACACGGUAGUAUGGUGGACCUCCAAAACCAGGGGAAACCGCAACAGUCGGAUCAACAACCUAAAUCUGUUCAAACUUCACAGGCACAGCUACCACAACAAAUUCCACAGAGUGUGUCGGGGGCAACAGUGCAAUCACAGCCUCAGCCUUCUAUAGAUGCGACAGGUCUGUCUGGAUUUCAGCAGCAAUUCCAAGGGCAGGGCCAGCCUUCCCAGGGUGUCUCUCAAGCAGUGCCACAACAGUUUAUGGCCCAGGGUCAGAAUCUGGACUCCAGUGUUGGUAAUAUACCACAGCAGCAACAGAUGUUUGCACAGUACCCAGGGAUGAUGAUGCCCGCUCCACCACUGUAUUCCGCAGAUCCAUACAUGUUGCAGAUGCAGUUCUAUAAUCAACAGGUUUUACAGCAAAUGGCCUGGAGACAAAUGCAACAACAACAACAACAAACGCAAGUGCAGCAGCCUAAUGCGCAGUCGAUGAAUCAGUUUGGACCACAGAUGUUUAUGCCCCCGGUUUUUAUGCCACCAGGGCAGAUGGGAUUUUAUCCUCAGAUGCAGACGACGCCAGCUCAACAAGCACCUGGUCAACAGCAGCCAUUGCCUCCACUUCAGACUGAUGGUGGUGCACCUAUGGGUGAUUCUAAGCCAACGUCACCGUCACAAAGUAGGAAAAGGCUUGACCAGGUCGAAGGAGCAGAUCUCCCCUCUCCAAUGCCAAAGAAAGGGGAGUACAGCAUUAAGAGUCUGGAGGAAGGGUUGAAAAAGAUACACGGCAGAAGUAAGGAGAAGGAUUCACUUGGUGCUAAUGGGCAAGAUGGCCAGAAACAGGGACUAGAUGUUGGAACUGAUACUUCUCAUUCUCAGAUAGACCAGCUGUCAGAUGAUGGUAGUGUAGGUGAUGUUAAGGAGGACGGAGAUCCAGGCUUGGUGUCUAAACACACUGAACCUGUUAAAUCAUCGAGGUUUAGUGUUAGUAAAGUGAAUGAGGAUUCAUUAACUAAGCAGGACCUGGAUGUUCCUGAUGGUGCAGACACAACGAAACCUGAACAAAGCGAUGAUGUGGAAGUGAAAGCAACAUUAGAAAACAUACUGAAAAACGUUGCAAAUGAUGAUGUGAGAAUGAGAUCUAGUUCAACAGACACUCCAAAAAGUCACAGGAGAAGUCGUUUUCUCGUAACUAAAGUUUCAGAGGAAAAGAAGAGAGAAGCAUCAUCACAGUCAUUGACUGAGGUGGUGGGUGAUACUGAGGCUGAUGGUGGUGGGGCUUCUAGUAUUAAAGGUCCUUCUGGUUCUAGCCAACUUAAUAUCUCUGACCUAGUAAGUAAUCAGAAAAAAUGCAUGAAAUAUUUUGUUGGGGAUGGUGGUAUGGUGUCUACUUUUCCUGCAUGUGUUAAUGUUAGGCAAUAUUCAAAACAGCAUUAUCCUUUACGACGUCGAAUCAAAUCAACAGGCAGUUUUGAUCUGUCAUAUAUUAACUGCCCUGAGUGUGGUAAUGCCAGCGAUCCUGCUUUUGGUCACCACGAGCAUAAGGAGGCGAAAGAUGCCAAGUUACCCAGGCAGAAGCUGGAAUUGGACGUUCCCCUUUCAGAGGAUAAUUCUAGUCGUGGGAUGGGUCCCAAAUUAGAGAGUGUAGAUAGUGGUAUUCAAACCUCACCAGCGUUGCUCAAUGUGUUGCCACGGUUAUCGUCGAGCAAAUUCAAGGAGCAGGAUGGGGACCAGAAAGGCAUGUCCGCCACUGGAGACUUUAAAGAAGACACUGAGGAAGAUGCCACAGAAAAAGAGUUCUUGGAAGAUGUAGUUGAAGAUUCUACGGAUGAAAAGACACCAAUUCAGACAGAGACAACACAGAAGCAAUUAAAAGAUGAUUCCUAUCAACAUUUAGUCAAAGAUCCGGAGUAUAAUACCAUGAUGUUGAGGCAACGAGAAGAAAUGACUGAACUUCAAGAUAGGAUGACACAACUUAAUAAAAGGCAUGACGAUGAACUGAAAGAUUUCAUGAAAGCUAAAGGAUAUAAGUUUAAAUUUAUGAUUCCUCCGCCUCCGCCUCCACCACCCCCGCCUCUGCCAGGCAUGGGCCGAUGUGGUAAUGGAAACAUGCUUAGUCCCUUAAAUUUUGCUACGCUUCCAAAUCCUCUUGCAACUCAGCUGGUGACGACAUGUUCCUCUGUGUCUUCUUCAGGAGGUGUACCCUCGUCUUCAAAAUUCUCAAUGAGUGCUCAGAAAUCAAAACCAAAGGUGGCGGUGGAUGAUCCAAAAUCUUCCAAGGAUAGUCAAAAUGUGCAAUCUGAUAACAAACAGCCGGUGGCUUGUAGUGACAAAUCUUUAGGUGAUGACACCAGUAAGUCGCAACAGUUAUCUUCAAAUUCUUCUACACAACAAGUAGAUGCAGACUGUCUCGUCAAUAGAACAGAUUCGUUAGAGAGUGGGGAAAGUUCGGACCAAAAACUAGAUGGUUCUGACGGCGUUAAAAACACUGUGUUUAGUUCGGAAGAAGGAGAAGAAUGUGACACAAAACUGAAUUCCAGUACUUCUGUGAGUAGGAAAACGAGUACAGACAUGUCUUCAUAUCCUGGAGGCACCUUUGGGGGCAGUUUACAGCCAAAGCAACAAAACUUUUCACAGCUGUCUGCACACCAACUACAAUUUCUGUAUCAGCAACAACAACAACAACAACACCAGCAACAACAACAACAACAGUACCAGCAACAGCCGUUCUUUUAUAGCCCAAGCUUUCAGUUUUCAGGAGGAGGCCAGAUACUUCCUACUUCUGUCCAAACGCAAGUGCCUAGCAAUUUUCCUCAAGGGAGUUCGCUAUACCUGCCCUCCUCAAGCUUUAUGCCAAUGGGAUUUAAUCAACUACAGAGCAAUCCUUACAGUCAGUACCCCCCUCUCCUACCCAACAUGAACUACACCACAACACAGAGCGCCACAACCCAGUCUGUGCCUGCACAGGCCAAGGACUCCACCAGUUAACUCAUUCUUUGCCAAAGGUCUUUCAUAUGUUAGUGUUUUAUGCACCUAGCUACAAUAUCAGAUAACUUACAUUCAUUCAAAACAGACUUGACAAAAUAAUGAAAUUAUUGACGUUAGUCUGUCUCUGGUGAAAAGGGAACAAAAUGGCUCUUCAAGGGCCAUGUAACAAAAAAGUAUUAUUAUGACUAUAUUUGUAUUUUGCAUAUAUGUAUAUCCAACCAGGAAAUCGUAUAUAAUCAAACCAUUAUGUCACUUAUCUACCUGAUGCAGGGUGUAUUGUUUUCUUAAGUGGUUGAAUGCGAGUAUGUUUAAUGAUUUUCCGAUGUAUCAGUUAACGUUUCAUUGGGUUUUUAUUAUUCGUUAUGGGUAAAAUGAAACAAAAAUGACAAUCUGAAUGUUAUUUAAAAUGUUUAAUGGGGAUAUUGGAUUUGUCUGAGUACAUACAACACAAGAGUUUUUGACUUGAAAAGGUGGAGAAGGAAUUUUUAAGAUGAGAUGCAUUAAAAGAACUUCCAUUAAGGAUAUAUUGUGCAUUUUCAUCUUGGUAACUUUUUUGGGUCUAGAUUAAAUUGCUACAGAAGAAAAGUAUGGCGUGUAGAUAUUUUGAAUUUGAUUAGUAUUAAUUGAUAAGGGAAAUAGAAAUCCAGAGCAUGACGCCAGUGUUUGAUAUUUAAUGGUAAACAGUCUAAAUGUAGUGUGGUUCCUUAUUACAGGGGAAUCCAUCAAUUAAAAGGAUCUUUUGUUUGACAAAUAUAUAUUAGGAUAUUGCACACUGUUUCUGCAGAAUUCAAAACAAAGCUUUAACUUGUGAAAAAACACAUCAAAAUGCUUAAUACGAUAACUAGCAUAACUUUCUGUGAUAAUGUCUACGUGCCAUGCAUUGCGAUAAGAGAAAAGUUUGAAAAAGGCACUGAUCAAUGUAAAUAAGAGUUUUUCCCUUUUAUUCGGCAUUCUUUAAAGUGAUCAUUCAAAUGCCUAAGAAUAUUCGGUUUGAAACAGUCUUGCCUAAGAAUAUACGGUUUGAAACAGUCUUGUGAUUAUUAAAAUAAGUUGUCAUAUUUUUGUCAUACCCUUUAAUUUCUUUUCCACAUCUGUGUAACAGAAGAUUUCUAUAGGAUGAUUUGUUUGAAUCUUAAACAAGUUCUGUAUAAGGUAUUAUCUGAUUCUCUUACAUGUGUUUUGUCCACUAAUCAUUCCUGAAAUCUGAAAACGAAGCACAAUAUUUACAUGAAACUUUGAUUGAUCAAUUCAUUAUGCACUGGGAUAUCACCUAAUUAUAAAGCAAGCUUGCAUUGACACCUAUUAAUUGCUAUAAAGGAGAAAUGUUCACCAACACUAUUUUUAGACUCCAGUGCUGUACAUAAUGUGCAUGCUACUUGCAUUUUUUUUUGACUGCAGAAUUUAACAUUAGCCAUCAAGUCAUCCAAUGAUAUCUUGCAAAUAAUAAUAAAAAAUAAUGAUAACGAUGAAAAUCAUUGUAUGUUGUUAAUUGUUUGAUGAAAAAUGCAAAGUGCGUGCUUGUGUCCAAUAUGACUGGUAGUUUGGAAAGAUAACUUUGAUUAGUGGUGAUACGAUUCGUGAUAUACUUUAAUAACAUUGCCAAGGUGGUUGACUGAAAUUGUUCAGUAUUAUUAGAUAAUGUAAUUUGUCAAAAUUUAUUUUAUAUAUAUGCAUUUGAAUUCUGCAUUUUUUGUGUAAUUCACAAAAUACAUUAAUGUUUCUGUAACUUAAGUACUUUCAUUUUUAACACUUGAUAAAAGUACUUGAGGUCGUUUCUGGUACCCGAUGUUUGAAUUACACUUCCCUAAAUUAAAAUGGUUAGAUGUUGUUAAAGCAAGGAUAUCUGUGUAUUAUUAUGAAAUGUAACAUUGGCUCCCGAGUCAACUUUCAUUUACUCAUUUCGUUACUGUUAUAUACAUAUUGUUAACUUUGUCAAAAACAUCCCGGUAAUAUAAUGGGUUAAGUGGAGUAAUUGAAUUGUUGCUAGUCCAAAUUGUUAUAUCUAGAUCUUUUCCCUUGAUCACAUCAAUACAGGUGUCUUAAAUAAUGAGGAGAAACUUGUAACCCUGGCAAAAAUCUCCUGUGAGUUUGAAUUUCAAAACGGGUGUUCGUUUAUGAUUUGCUAGUUUCAAGUCUCUCAACAGUUUUCGUUCAUAAUGAUUAAGAAGUUUCCUUUCGUCAUCUGAUAGAAUGAUUUCAUUUCAAUAUUCCAGCAGAACUUCAUGAUUACAAAAACGUGAUACCUGUGGAGCAUUUUAUCUCGUCACCUUUCGCUCCUGUCUCUGUUAAUUAUUAACUGUGGUAUCUUCUGUUAAAUGUGUUUUCAUGGUUCAGUGACUUUGACAUGCAUAGUUCAACUGUAAUAAAAUGUUCAGCAAUGUUCAGUUUGAUGCAUACGAUCAAGGUGUCAGUGUUUUGUAUCAAAACAAAUUUUGAGAUAUAUAGUUGAUAUGGUGUAGUUGAUCACUUGUUGAAGAAAUCAAGCCGUAUUUAAGAUUAUAUGGUUUAAUAUAACACAAUUUUUUUAUUUGUUUUCGCAAAUGAUCUGUUCAAUAUAUAGAAUACAGUACAUGAUCAUGGGUUUUCAAUACACUUUAUAUUUAUAUAUUCCAAUUGUUUGAAUUGACCUACAAAAACAACACAAAUAUGCUGUGCAUUACUAAUUAUUUACGGCAGAAAAAAUUACAACGAGCAGAUUUUUCGAUGUCAAAUUUGAAUAUGAUUUUUUUUUUCUUAAUUCAAAAUUAUGAUACUGGAAUGAAUAAAGAAUAAUAGGAGCUAUAGUGUUGAGACAAUUAAAUACUAUUUUAUUGAUCAAUAUUAGAAUAAACAACUGGAACAAAAUUUCAUCAAGCAUGUGUACCUGGCAUAUCAUCGGUGUUAGCAAUAUUAUGGGGUCAAUAUUGAAUGUCUGGUUUGAUGAAUAUACAAGAUUUAUCCUAUCUUUACUGUAUGUUCUUAUCUUUGCCAGAAGGUGUUUUUCUACAUUGACAAGAAGGAAAUUCAAUGAUUUGAAGAAGUUUCUGUGUUAAAUAGCCUUUUUACUAGUGAAUUAUUUCCCUGUUACACUCUAUUUAGAUUCAACCAUUUGCUCAAAUCUUCAAUACUCUUGUAUAAUUAUCUUGACACAUUCAGUUAGUGAUAAAUUAUGUACAACUUGUAUAAUACCAAACUUUCUGGCAAUAUUUGAAUGUUUUGUUUUGGCAGAAAUAGAUUGUGCAGAUCUCUAAGAUCUGCUUGCGUGGCUGGUUUUGUCUAGAAAUGAAUCAAAUUUGCUAUUUUUGCUAUGUUUUUUUCUGGUCUUACUGAUUUCUAGGAAGAAACAGCUUUAUUAUUAUGACAGAUUAAUUUCAAUCAUUUGGGAAUGGAAAAAUGCACGCUUGUUAAUAGUAACUUCCACCAAUUUUUAGAAAUAAUUUUGGUUUGAAAUUUUAUAUAACGUAUGUCUGCUUUCAAAUAUCCAUUCAUAUUUGGUCUUUGGGUCAAUUUUAACUUGAAUUUAUGUGAAUUUAUCUUUAAAGAUUACAAUAGGCCUGAUAGUUUUCUGGUGUAGGAUUUAAUAGUAUUCUAAGUUCAAGGUCACUCCAAGGUCAUCUUUUAGAGUAAAUGUAGUGGACGGGAAGAAAUUAUUGGCAGACAAUUAAGAAGAAAGACUAUUGGAAUUCAACUAGGAUAUACAUUAUAUAUAUGAAGCUUCUAAAAUAUGUGAAACAAUCAUUUCAAAUAGACAAAUAAUUAAUAAUAAAGAUUACUUUAGAAGAUUUAUCUUUUAACAAAUUGAAAUAUUUUUCAUUUUCUUAAAUGAAGAACUAGUCCAAUUGAUCAUAUUUCAAUUCGGUGAUCUUUUACUGACACCUUUCUCAGCGAUAUGAUGGCACAAAAAGUGCAAAAAAAAUGUGCAAUUUAUGAAACUUGCAAAUAUUGUAUAAUAUAAAUUACUAGUAAAGAGAUUUGAUGUUGCCCUAGGGAGAAACACGUUUGUCCUGGAGUUUGUAUAUGUAUUUGUGGUAGAGGAUAACAUCUCUACAUGUGAUAAUUAAUAAAAUGCUGGAGAUUGUAAAGUUUUGUUGCUAUGUUAUAUUUUUUGAAUCUUUCAUGAACAAUGCAAAGGGAAGCUUUUUUGCAGUAAAGAGUGCCAGAAACUUUGA